GUGUGACCCCAGAGUCUCAGCAUUGACCAUGGAAUUGACCGUGGCGCCGUGGGCUCUAGACUGUUUCUGAAGGAUCAUGGGUCAUCUACAAGAAAAAAUGGCGGCAAUAUCGAUAUAAGGUCUGCGGUAAAUAAGCUUAUAUUUUCGCUAAAGAAAUUCAAAACAUGUGAAGACAACUCAGCCAGGACGAAAGUGUGGGGUUAAAAAGUAGGAGCAUGACAGGAAACUUAACACUUGCAUCAUCAGGGGGCGACAUAAAGAUUUGGGAAGUUCCAGAAGUAAACCUGGUGAAGUCGUUUAGUCCACACUCCCAGCCUGUUGGUUCGUUGUGUUGGAGUCCCAACAAUCAAUGUUUAGCCAGUGCUGCCAAUGACAAAGUGGUUGUCACUUAUAUCAAAGGAGAUGUAUAUGAUGAAAUUGAUAUUACUGCUGGGGAGGGAAAUACCUGUGUUUCAUUCAAUUCCUCCUCUCGUUAUUUAUUAACUGGUGGAAAAAGCAAGACUCUCAAUAUCUGGGACAUGAAAACCAGGAGCAUCAAGAAGACAUACAAGGAUCACAAGGAUAUUGUGUCUUGCUUGACAUUUAACUGGAAUGACACAGCUAUUGCUUCAGGAUCAGUCAAUGGAGAUAUUUUACUUCAUAAUGUCAUGACAGGUCAAGCCUCUGAUCCUCUCAGACUUUCAAAAACUCAGGCUGUGCGAGACAUUCAGUUUUCCCACUUCAAAAAGAGUUUGCUUGGUGCUGUAAGUGAUGAUGGAGCCCUCAAUUUGUGGGAUUCUAACACAAAAAAGCUUUCAACUUCAUUUGCCUCUGAUCACAAAGGACCAGCAACUGGACUGAGUUUCUCACCCAUGAAUGACAUGCUAUUGUGCAGUGUGGGGCUGGACAAAAGAAUUGUGUUCUAUGAUGUUCAGCAGAAAAAGUCAGUGAAAGUUAUGACAGCAGAAUCUCCUUUGACUUCUGUUGAUUUUAUGUCUGAUGGAGGAACUCUUGCCGUGGGUUCAACUAGAGGCAAAAUCUACAUCUAUGAUCUGCGUAGUGGUUCUAGUCCUGUUAAUACAAGAUUGGCACACAAGACAUCUGUUCAAUCACUUUCAUUCCAGUCAUCAACUAAGGUUAAUAGUUUAGCAAACAAUAAGAGUUUGAAGCCUGCAGUGUCAAACAUAAAGCCAACAGCACAGCUGCCAACAGAACAGUCUGCAGUAACAACUGACAAACCCUCCACACCAACUGGCCAGCCAAAAGAACAAGAUCAUGGUGUUCACACACCUUUAACACAACAAAAUGGAAAUGACCAGGAAGAUAUUUUCUCACCUUUGAGGGAAAAUAAAACUUCUGUAGUAGUUGACAACAAGGAAACUACCGUACCUGGUUCAGAUGAAGUGUCUCUCUCUAAGAACUUCAAGGAAAACAACCCACCAGAUGGAUUAGGAAUAUUCUCUCCAGUUGGAAGAAACUUGCCUGCAACAACUAGCAGUCAGUUGCAUCAUGGUGAUGGAGUGACUGGCACAGAAAAUAGCAGUGUACAGUUAGGAAGAAAUUCACCAAGGACACUAGGAGUAGCCACAACAGCUGCAGCAACACCCACAGCCCCUCAAAAUGUCAGAUUAUCUGCUGCCAGUUCUUCCAAAGACCUGAACAAUGCACAAGAUCUGGUACCAGACUCUAGUACCAGAUCCUUUGCUGACACCUCACCUGGUGUUACUGGGAGAGUACAUUUAGAAGGAGAUGAAAGACAAACAUCAGGAGAGUCACCACCUGGAUCUGUCAAGAACAGCACCAUAAGGCUGGCACAACAGUCUCCAUCCCAGCCCCGAAAGCCAGCAGGUGGUAACACAGGAACACCUGAUGAGCCUGUGAGUCAGACUAAGGCAGCUGUCACUACAGGAGAAACAGAUCAAAGUUCUAUAUUUGAUAGUGCAAAACACAGUGUAGAUCCUUUACCUAGUGUUGCUGUUGGGGUGGCAACAACUCCUGUGGCUGAUGAGGCUGCAAGCACUGCCAGUAAUGCGGGAUUAUUACCAUUUCAAGUACAGUUCAUUAAGAAUUUGAUUGAUGAAUCACUGGAUGAGUUCAGGAUGGCUUUACACAGAGAUAUUGUGAAUGUGCAGGUUGAAAUGCUUAGACAGUUUCAAAUUCAACAAAAUGAGUUAAAAGGGAUGCUUGAAAAAUAUUCUGUUAAUGAAGCACUGGUCACAGAGAUAGAGAGACUAAGAGAAGAGAACAACAGGCUUAAAUCCAAUUAUUGAAAUGGUAGGUGGACAUAUUGUGCCACACCAACUACUAGAUGUUUCUGCAACAACACAGUGGCUUGAAAUAAACAUUUACCAAUGACCCCAUUUUUAAAUUAUGUUUAUUUCUGUUCGGAAGUUAGUAGUGUUAUUAUUGGGCCUUGGUUAAAUGAUACCAGAUAGUUUGUUUACUUAGUUUGAUAGCUAAGGUUGGUAUGAAGCAUAUAUGUUACAAAGAGGUAAUCUUGAUAGUAAAUAUAACUCCUUUUGAAAGCAAAUUUGGAACUCUGGUAUUGCCAGAAACUAAAAUGCAGUAAUAUUAAUGGCAGCCUUUUAAAAGGAAGAAUAAAUGCAUGGAGGUCUACUUUUAACCUUUGUAUUUCCUAGAGGGCAAUAACUUCUAGCAAGCUUUAAAUUAUAAAAUCAGCCUCUGUAUCACACAAAAGAGGUGAUUAGUACAACUAGGUAAUAAAAUAAUGUAGUUUACUGUAAAUCCUAGAAUUAGCGCCCCCCCUCAAAUAAGUGCCCCCUUUGAAUAAGCGCCCCUCCUAUCGGCCAAAAUUUAAAUAAGCACCCUCCCUCGCAUAAGCAACCCCCUCCCCUCUCCCCAAUUUUGUGGAUGAGUAAUAAGACAACAAAGGAUGUAUAGUUUUCGUCAUGUAGUAUUAGAUUUGUGCAUUGUUUCAGUUUGUAAACAGGUUAAAUUUGGAAAAAAAAUUACAAGCACUAACGGUGCCGCAAUUUAAAGUUUAGGAUCAGCUUUUUAUGUCGAUGAACAGCUUAUGUUGUUGCAGAUGAUGUAUUAAAAAAAAUGAUCAUGUCAGGCCAUGAUUUGGGAAAAAUUAAAUAAGCAUCCCCCCUCCCCUCGAUUAAGUGCCCCCCUUGAAUAAGUGCCCCCUGCCUUCUCCUAAAUUUGAAGUAAGUGCCCCGGGCACUAAUUCAAGGAUUUACGCUACUCAGAGAAUGGGAACAAAUUGUCUACUCUGUAAGGACAAUCAUGUGAUUCUUUUAUAUCUCCCUACAUCACAGUUAAAUUUCAGCAGAAUUGACACUUGGGAAUAACCAUAAUGGGUAGCCACUGGGUCAUGGAUCACAACUAGUUAGAUUUGUUCCCCUCCUCGUUUUAAUACUGUGUGGCUCUCAAUUUUUGCGGUUCUAAGUUUUGUUUUUUUUUCCACGAUCUGCAAAAUUAUACAAUACAAAUAUCACAAGUAUGUUCUUGUCGCUACCAUCUAUCUAAAACAUCUCUUUCAUUCAGAAACAAAAUGAUGAAAUGAGAAAUAAAAAAAAGGUUUACAGGAAAGGAUCAACUGAAGGUACUCCACUAAGAAGAGUAUUCUACAAUUCUGCACAAGAGCAUGAUGCAAUUGUGAUAGAGUGACACUGAUUACUGGAUUACUGUGUUUUACAGAUCUACAUGUUAUUUCAUUUGCCAAUUGUACAUGUAUGCUGUUUAAUUAAAAAAUGUAAAAAUGUUGUUAGAAAUUUCAAUUAAUCACAACUUCCUGAAAAUCACAAAAUAAUACCCAAGAAAAACCAGUCAUUUCACAAUCGCAAAAAUUAGUUCCCGCAAAAUUGCUGAUUUGCAAAAAUAAACUCCUGCAAAAAUUUAGUGCUUCACGUUAACAGCAGCCCUAAGAAGUACCAAUGAGAUAGGUGUAGUGAGAAGUACUUUUUCUGGUUUGCAUCCAUCUGUGGUGCAGUCAUUUUCAUAUAUUUCCGGUGAAAUAUUUAACUUGUCUUUCUAAAUUAAAAAAACAUUAUUCAGUAGAGACAAAUUAGUGAUCCAGUUGGGUGCAAGGGAAAUGCUUGCAUUUUUAGUUGUCAGAAUUUUGUAUAUGAUCAGUUUCUAUACAAAACUAGAUUAUUUUCAUCAGCCAUAUAUAUGUUUCAAAAAUGUUUCAAAUAUUACCUAUGUUAUUUUACUCCCUGUAAAGUAAUUUAAUUUAAAACCAAACAUGUACGAGGGCAUCAAUAUUGUGGUUCUAAACAAACAUUCAAGAGUUUCCAAGUUUUCAAUAAGGAAGAAGUGAUUUAAAAACAUCAAAUGCUAUUUUAACUAUUUAAAAAUGGGCUGUGAAGUAUUUUCAUAGGUCACAAUGCUAUUUUGUAAAUAAAAGGUAAUGUUGUAGUUUAUCUGGUUGUAUUUUUACACUGUAGCAAAACAGGAAGUCAGCAAUAAAGUGUUUCAUGAAAAAACUUCA